CCUUUCUGGGUGUCUGCUUUCAGUAUUUCAUGCUCUUGGUUAUAUAGGGGUUGCAAGUAUACAAUAACAUACAGAGCCAGCCAUUAGCGAGUAGUGAGUGAUACUGAGAUAGGGAGAGCAAUGGAUGUGUUUCCAGGAGGUGAUGUUCCCACCAACACCCACCAACUUAUAGAUGAUUUCGAAAUUGAAAAUGGAGGACCGAGUAGUGUAACUGAGCUUGGUUUCUCCAGUGAGUUUGAGUUGCAGCUCCAGCUUGAAAAUGAUCCUGAAAUCAAAUUCACUUCACCGCUUGAAUUGGAUGAUGAUGAUGAUGAUGCUUUUCUUGCACUCGAAGAAAGCCUCAUAACUCCAACUUCUAACAUGGUCUAUAAACAUGUUGAAGGGGAGGCGAGGGUGCUGGAUCCAACUGUUAACAUGGUUCAUGACCAUGUUGAAGGGGAGGUGGUGGUGGUAGAGGAAACCCGAUCUCCUAAUAUGGUUCAUGACCAUGUUCUUUCAUAUGAUGGAGAGGCGGUUGUGGUGGAAGAAACACCAACUCUUAACAUGGUGCAUGACCAUGCUAUUUCAUCUGAGGAAAGCGAGGUGGCAGUGGUGGUGGAAAACACUCCGACUCUUAACAUGGUGCGGGACCAUGUUGUUUCAUCUGAGGAAAGGGAGGUAGUGGUAAUGAAGGAAACACCAGCCCUUCACAGGGUUUAUGAGCAUUAUUUUUCAUUUGAGGGAUGUGAUGCGAGAGUAAGGGACAGCGAAGAGCUUGAUCCAAAUUCUGUUUUUUUCACUUCUGAUUCAACACCUCGUCUUCGAUGGACUUCAAAACUUCAUAAAUGUUUUAUUAAAGCUGUCAGACAGCUUGGUGGACCAAGAAGAGCAACUCCAAAGGUUGUUCAACAAAUAAUGAAGAUUCGGGGUUUAACUCUUUACCAUGUGAAGGGCCACCUCCAGAAGUACCAGCGAAGCCUAUAUUUAAUGAGGGGGAGUUGGACAUCCAAAAAUGGUAAAAGUUUCUUCGUUUCUCAAGACCCACAGAGUUCAAACAACUCUUUGAGCUUGUCACCUUUCCAAGGAAAUGGGUGCUGCUGUUAUGUAUAUGCUGAUGUCAAGGGCAAGGGCAAAGCAAAAGUUGAUGGAGGAGAUGCUAGCAGUCUUUAUAUGCAAAUUCAGUCAGGUACCCAGCAAGCUCGUAUCCGGAAGGUGUCAAUUCGAACUGUGUUCGGGGAAGUAAAAUUCUGGGGACGUCAAUCAGUUACCCUGUAGAAGCCUAUCGUCAUGGCGUUCUCAACCAUGGUUCCUUCAACACCAGUGGAGUUGCUGGGACCUCCAAAUGAUGCAACAAAAAUCAAUCUAUGCACCAUGCAGGUUGGUUAUGAGGUAUCCCCAUUAAAUUUCUAUCUUCUGCUUCAGUAGUGACUGUAGACUUUAAAUAAAGACAGACUAUAUGUUGUCUGCUCGUUAUGAACUUAAGCAGUCGGUUUGUACUUCCUUUUGUACUUGUGUUCGAUGUUUAUGGUUUUAAUGCUUAUGUAAAAAACAAUCAGCAGUUUCUCAUUUCAGGAAUGAAUGUUUCUGCCUUCAUUAGAUAUAA